UUGAAAUCUUUUAACCUAUUGCGUAUUUAAUUAAUAAAUCAUUAUUAGAAUAUAACAACAUGUCAUUGCUCAUUAGGGUAUUAGGUUUAACCAGAACAUCGUUGCAAUCUACAUUAACCAAAAGAAAAGUACCUAGAAGAUUGAUCUCUUCUUCACACACGUGCUAUCAAGAGGAAAAUAAUGAUACUGAAAAUAAUAAAGAAAAUACAAUAGAUCCUUCUAAAGAUAGAAGACAAAUUAUUCCUGUUGAAACUAGUAUUGAAUACAUGUUAAGCAGUGCUUAUAAACAAACUUAUGGGGAUGAUCCUGUAUGGACAAAAUAUAGAAGAAAUCAUAAAGGACAAUUUCCUCCUAGAAAAACAAGAAAAACAUGCAUAAGAGCAGGUAUAAUAAGUUGUGGUAGUCCUUGUCCGAUAUGCAGAGAUGAAUAUUUAAUCUUGGAUCAUAGAAAUGUUAAAUUGUUAGAACAAUUCAUUUCUAAAUAUACAGGUGAAAUACUACAUUACAGCAAAACUGGCAUUUGUCAAAAAAAAUACAAAGAACUUCUUAUAGCUGUGAUUAAAGCUAAAGAUUAUGGUACUUUAACGCUUGAUGUACCACUUAGGGAAUACGAUUAUUCAGAGUGGUAUAGCGAACAAAAACAAAUAUAA